UUUUAGGUCCCAAUCCACGGCAUAUCCUCUUCAUAAAUCAGUCUUUCACAAUCUUAACGUUUACGGACAUCUCACCAACACACGUUUUUCUGCCUCCAUGGAAUCUCUUGAUUCCAACUCCCAAUUUCAAACCCUAGAUUACAUUCCAAAUCAAAAUCAAGACCCUCCGUUAUCAGAAACCGUAGAUCCCGAUUCACAAAACCCGCCUAAAACCCUGGCACUCGAUUCUCAAAUUCCCCAAAAGGCCUCCGAAAACGACCGCAAUAACAACAACGCCAGGGACAGUGAUAAUUCUAAUAAUAACGUCAUCGCCGACUAUGUUAAGCAAAAGCCUUUAUUGUCGGAAAAUGGUCUGACAAAUACUCAUUCCGGUACCGACAAGGAUCAAUCGGGAGGUGAGGAGGAGACCAGUAGCAGAAGACGCCGUCGUAGCAGGUGGGACCCGCCUCCGUCUGAGACCGGCAGCGGAAAUCAGGUGGAUAAUAAUAAUGACUCGGGGAGUGGGACCAGGAAGCGGAAAUCACGGUGGGCAGAUGACGAGCCGAAGCCCCUUAUUCAGUUGCCAGAUUUUAUGAAGGACUUCACUGGAGGUAUCGAGUUUGAUCCUGAAAUUCAAGCUUUGAAUAGUCGGCUACUAGAAAUUUCUAGAAUGUUGCAAUCUGGUUUGCCUUUAGAUGAUAGACCAGAUGGGCAGCGAAGUCCUUCUCCUGAACCCAUCUAUGAUAAUAUGGGAAUUAGGAUAAAUACUAGAGAAUAUAGAGCACGAGAGAGAUUGAAUAAAGAGAGACAGGAGAUUAUAUCUCAAAUUAUUAAACGAAAUCCAGCAUUUAAGCCACCAGCGGAUUACAGGCCUCCAAAACUUCACAAGAAGCUUUAUAUACCAAUGAAAGAGUAUCCAGGUUAUAAUUUUAUCGGGCUGAUUAUUGGACCAAGAGGAAACACUCAGAAGAGAAUGGAGAGGGAAACAGGUGCAAAGAUUGUGAUUCGGGGUAAAGGAUCUGUGAAAGAGGGAAGGCUGCAACAAAAGAGGGAUUUGAAGCCAGACCUAUCAGAGAAUGAGGAUUUGCAUGUGUUGGUGGAGGCAGAGACUCAGGAAUCACUUGAGGCUGCAGCUGCAAUGGUUGAAAAAUUGUUGCAGCCAGUUGAUGAGGUUUUGAAUGAGCAUAAAAGACAGCAGUUGAGGGAGCUUGCUACCUUAAAUGGGACUAUAAGGGAUGAGGAGUAUUGUAGGUUAUGUGGUGAGCCGGGACAUCGGCAGUAUGCAUGUCCCUCGCGUACUUCAACUUUUAAGAGUGAUGUGCUUUGUAAGAUUUGUGGUGAUGGUGGCCAUCCAACUAUUGAUUGUCCAGUGAAGGGAACAACUGGGAAAAAAAUGGAUGAUGAAUAUCAGAAUUUCUUGGCGGAGUUAGGAGGAACUCUUCCUGAAUCAGCUACCAAACAAAGUUCCACCUUGGCUUUAGGUCCCGGUACUUAUGGAAGCAAUCCACCUUGGCAAACUGGAAGCAGUGGGAACACUUCACACCCUGGGCUAGGGUCAAAUGGAGUUACAGCCAUUAAGGAAUUUGAUGAUACGAAUUUGUACAUUGGAUAUUUACCACCAACUCUUGAUGAUGACAGUUUGAUUAGGCUGUUUUCAUCAUUUGGUGAUAUUGUGAUGGCUAAGGUUAUCAAGGACCGAGUUACUGGAGCAAGCAAAGGUUAUGGUUUUGUUAAGUAUUCUGAUGUUCAGAUGGCUAAUAAUGCUAUUGCAAGCAUGAACGGUUACCGUCUUGAGGGGAGAACCAUUGCUGUAAGAGUUGCUGGUAAGCCGCCUCAGCCUACUGUGCCUCCUGGCCUUCCAACAUCAGCAGUUCCCACUUACCCUGUUGCUUCUCAACCAGUUGGUGGCUAUCCAUCUCAGCAGUUUACACCAAGUGGCCCUCCUCCAAAUCCACCCCCUGCAAGCUACACAGGGACUCCAGUUCCAUGGGGACCACCAGUUCCUCCACCUUAUGCUCCUUAUGCUCCUCCUCCUCCUGGUUCAACCAUGUACCCUCCUGUUCCUGGUCAACCAAUGCCCCCAUAUGGAGUGCAAUAUCCUGCAACAGUGCAGACAGCUCAGCCUGGUGCCCCAUCACAGACUGUGACUGCAACUGAAGCACAACAACAAAGCUUUCCACCAGGUGUGCAAUCUGAAAGCAGCACUUCUGCUGCAGCUUUAUCAACAAAUUUGUAUGGGAGCUCUGUGGCACCAAUGCUGCCAAAUGCUCAACCUGCAUAUGUAACUGCCUCAUUGGGUUACCCACCUUACUACACUGCAGUUCCUCCUCCUCCUCCACCUGCUGCAGCCUCAACAGUGGACCAUUCACAGAGCUUGGUUAAUGUUCCUUGGGCUACUAAUCCUCCGGUGCCACCUCCUGUUUCUUCUGCAGAAAAGGCAACUUAUGGUGCAGAUGCUGAGUAUGAGAAGUUUAUGGCAGAGAUGAAAUGAUGUGGGUCCUUCCAACCAUUGCUUCUUAAUUGAGAGGCCUAAUGUUUCUUGGAGCACAUAUGAACCUGAUUUCUUACCUCUUGCCAUGAGUUUGUUGGAAGUUUGGGACUCACAUCUUUAACCUUGCUGUACUGUUAUGACAUUUGCAGAGAUUUGGCAGAAGUUCAGUUCAUAUAAUCACAUCUUGGAGAUGCCAUUUUAAAAGCUGUUAAUCCCAUUUAUUACUCAAAUUCUCUCUUGUUGGACUUAAUUUUGUUUCGUAUGGAUGCUUGUUGCCUCCUUUACAAUAUUUGUCUGCUAAUGUUUUUCUUCUAUUUUAUGUGAACUGGUUACUGACAUUUUCUGUUAUUAAAUUGUAUUUUCCUUGAAUGAUUUAACUGAUUUGGUCACUUGGCCUAGCUCACUUUCAUAUUUGUGAUAAUACUGAUUUUGCUGUGAGAGUAUAUACCAUCUUGCUUGCAUGCUUCUGCAGUUUACUUGGUAUUCUUCUCUCAUUUUCUUGGCCAGAAGGUAAGCAUAUCUUAAGAAACGAAGGCAUUGGGGUAUGUGGAAGAAGUUUACUAUUUUUGCCUUUGUUUAUAUAUUUUUAGUUUCCAUAUAUAUAUUUUUUUUGUCCAAAAAACCUAUUCUGAUAUUUUUUUUCUAGUUUUCUUAUGGCAGGUAAAAGAACUCUUAUUAUUGGUAAUCAUGCGUUUGGCUGUUAGUUUUGGUGGUUUUUGUCAAAAAUAGAAAAAUAAAGUUCAAAUGUUGUAUCUUAGCAAAAAAAAUUUUAGUGUUGUUGCUCUUCUAGACUGUCAAAAAGUGACUAAUAUAUUUCCAACAUUGAUAUAGGAACCAAAUGGUGACAGAUCUUUCUUCUUUGUUCCUCCUUUUUCAUAAGAUUUGUAAAGGUUAGAAAAUUUCUGGAGUCGUUAGAAGUGAUGUUUUUAAAUUGGAGCAGCUGAGUGAUUAAAUUAGUUGAAAGGAAUUUCACCUAAUCUCUAGAUGAAGACACAGUGCCCAUAAUAUAUAAUAUAUUGGGAAGAUUGUUCCAUGUAGCCAACAAAUAUAACUUAUUAGGCUUUUUAGGAUUUGGUGGUUCGGGGUUGGGAGAGAGUGAUCAAGGAUAGGAAUGUGGAACCUUACAAACGUUAUUUUACAUUGGUUGAUAUGUGCAUUGUCUAUAGUAAUUAAUAUAUUGUGUGGAUGUGUGGGUCACUGAACUUUGCUUAUUUCUAUUUUAAGUAAUUGACAUGUUUCGAAUGCAUUGAAGUUAUAUAAUUUGCAUGGACAACUGCCUUCUUUAUUACCACCAAAGAACCAGAUAACUUUUAUCUUAAAAAUGGCUGCUGGGUAUGUGCCCUGAUGAUUUCUGAUUCCAGUUUUUGUGUGUUUGUAAGUACUUCCUUUAAAGUUUUCUUGUUGUGUAAUAAAAAAAGAGGUGUUAUCAUUUCAGCAUGCAUGUUAUUUUUGGUGUUCUCAUUUUGUUUAUUAAUUCGCUCUAAAAUGGCAAUAGUCAUACAGAUAAUAGCUAUGUAUGGAUGUGCAUAAGUACAUUGUUGGGGAAAUGCAUGUUUCCAUGUAUUUCACCUUAAACAUACAAAAGACUUGUACAGAUAUCUUACAUCAAGGUUCAGUGAUCUCCAACAACUUCCCUUUAUAUGCUAUCCCGUUAUUUUCUUAGUGUAGAAGAAUGGUAUUAUUAUUAAAAGUGCCCUAUAAUUUGUGCAGAGAUUAGCUUGGAUGAAUUCGUGGGAUUCACUGAAGAUGACAUGACUUUAUAUUUGCUGCAUCUACUAUUGUUAGUAAUACCUAACUUUUUAUUUGUUUUAGAGAAAGAACAAUAGCAAUAGUAAAUUGAAUAGGAUUUAACCACAGUUAUGUUAGUAGUUUGUUUGAUUGAAAUUGGAUAGUUAGAUUAGGGGUAUGUAUUUAGAUCAAUGUUGGAGGUUCUGCUGCCAUCUUUCUUUAUAUCAAAAGAGCAGUGCAAUCUUUUGCAUCUGUUGAUAUUGUAUUUGUUUUUUUACAUAAAAAAAGCUAUCUGUUUUUUGAGUUUUUACAGUGAAGUUUUCUGAUAUGCAGGUUUCUCUACGAUAUUUCAAAAACAGAAAUAGUACAAGUUAUUGUUUAUCAUAGUCAUAGUUUUACAUUCCCAACCAGGCUUCCCUUGGAAUGUGAAAUAAUUGUUUAUGUAUUUUAUAACUUAUUUACAAUAAUGUGCUAACCUCAUUGUAUACAAGGUGGUCAGGGUUUGUUUCUUUGAGAUGAUAAGAAGUUUGCCAGGCAGUGAUUGUCGUCACCAGUUGUGGAUGCUCAUUGAUGAAGAUAUUUUGUGUAUCGGCUGUUAGAGUUAGUAACUUGUAGGACUUUGAAUGAACUGGAAACUCAAAUGUUCUGUCCUUGUUUAAGUUUAUUGCACAAUGUACUUGGUCUGUCGGGUUUGGCCAUUUGUGUUCAAGCUUCUUGUUGAAUUCUUAAUACCAGGUUUACGAGAACAAAAUUCUUGCUGA